AUGUUCCGCCGUAUCGCUCCUCCCACCCCUCAAGGCUAUGCCGCCAUCAUCUUCCUUGCCCUGGUGGCCCUGUGGCUCUUGUCCCCGGUGGAUGGGGGGGUAGGCUUGUUGCCGUCUUCUUGGACUUCCGGCCACCGCAAGGGGACAGGGGAUUGGGUGAACCCGGUACAGCCAGAGGGGGAGGUAGAGGAUGAGAUGGACGACCCUCCUCUCAGCCUCCUCCCCAAGAUAUACGCCUCCGAAUUCCCCGACCUCAAACUCCCUCCUUCCCUCCUCACCUCCCCCCACCUCUACCCCCUCGCCCACCGCCUCACCUCCUUCCUCUCCCGCCCCGUCCUAUCCCACAAAAAAGCGACUGCCGCCAACAAGGCCGGCUGCCCGACGGAGCUGGCAGAUAAGCUGGUGAAUCCGGAUCAGUAUAAUGGGGAUAGCGAGUUUUGGAUGGACGAGGUUACGGAGGAGGAGAUUGUGAGACGGCGGGCAGAUGUGGUUCGGUACUUGUCAGAGGCAGUGGAUCGGGGGAAGGAGGUACGUGGGCGCGAGGGGAAGACGGGAAAGGGGAGGGGGAUCGUCUUGACUGGAGGGAAUCAAGAUACGACACUGAGGACGAUCACCGCUAUCAAACACCUCCGACGACUCAAUGUCGACCUGCCUAUCGAAGUGUUCCACUACUCUGACGAACUGCAAGAUAAGAACCAGCGCAAAGAGAUCGAAAAGCUAGGAGCCACCCUGCGCGAAGCAAAGGGUCUCGAAAAAGUCGACGGUGUCUGGAAAAACUGGCAAAUCAAAGGCGUAGCCCUCGUCGAAUCCGCCUUCCGCGAAAUCAUCUACCUCGACUCUGACAACACCCCCCUCCGCUCCCCCUCCCACCUCUUCACCGCGCCCCUCUACACCUCCUCCGGCCGCGCCGUCUUCUGGCCCGACCUCUCCAAAGACCACCCCGACAAUGCUAUCUGGCGCAUCGUAGGCGACACCUGUUCCCUCGAGCACUUUACGUUCGAGUCUGGGCAGAUCGUGGUGGACAAGGCGGGCAACGGGGGUAUGAACCUGGCGGCGUUGGUGGUGGCGGCGGGGAUGAUGCGGGAUAGGGAGUUUUGGUUCCAUAUGUGUGGGGGGGAUAAGGAUACGUUUAGGUGGGCGUUUAGGAUGUUGGGGUUGGAGUUUGGGGUUUCGCCGAGGUGGAUGGGGACGGUGGGGAUGAUGAAUGGGUUUCAGGGGGGAAAGUUUUGUGGGCAUUCGGUCCUGCAGCACGAUCUCGUCAUACCCGAUGGGUUCACCAAGGAACCUCCUCUCUUUGUGCAUUCCAACCUCCUCAAACAUCUUGGGGAAGCAGGUAUUCAGCGGGGUACUCUUUUCACGCAUAUCCGCCGCCUCUCAAACGACUACGUCUCCUCCCCAGCGCUGAACCACGCCCACUCCUUUGUCUACGACGGAAACGUCCGCGGCAUGUGCCUCGACCUCGAGUGGCACCCCGAUACGCCGCAGGAAGUGAAGGAGGAGGUGGGGGUGGAGACUGUUGGGGUGGAGGAUGAGGAGGGGGGGGUGUUUGGGGGGUUUGAGGAGGCUUGGUGGGAGGAGGGGGGACGGGUUGGGGGGUGGUGA